AUGGUGUCCAUGCGUUGGAGGCGGAGGAGGUCAGUGCUGCUUCCUCUUGCUCUACUGUAUGUUUUGGCCAGUGCCAUAUGUGGUGGUUUCUACACCCUCAUAGCUCUUCAUCCUGGGAGUCGAGAAGGUAAUCUGGGGGCGCUGCAUCUUUAUGCCACGGAUGCUUUUCCAGAAAACGCAGCACCACCAGAGGACACUAGCAGCUGGACGCGGAUCUCGUUCAUGGGAGGAAUUAAGGCUGACGCAUUUUAUCGCCUUCGUUCGGUGCCGGAUGGCCGCUGGCUUGGUCACUCAUCUGAUGGCAUCUACAGUGGUGUUUUAAACAAAACUUUGGGUCUUGUUUCCGGUUUGGUGAGGGGAACAUACGCCGUCCAGGCAUGGAGCUCCUUGUUUCUCUCUGUGCACCUCGAUGGGAGUGUUGGAAUGGACCGUUCAAAGGCGAGGAGUGCGGAGUUGUGGAGUUUUAAAUUUGUGCCGGGAGCGGCCACAGUUGCCCUUUGGUCAGUUUCUAGAAGGCGUUUUGUACGCAUCGCUGGUGACCGCCUGAUGUGUGACGCAAAGAAACUAGAAGGCGCAACCCAUUGGAUAUUGUACGCUGAGCCCAACAAGGCAUGUCACUCUCCCACUCCAGACGCAGAUUGGAGUACAGUGGCACGCGCCUGCUGGAAAUUUGAGUCACUCGCUCCUAGGAUAAGCAUGGAUCCAAAAACUGUCUUGUUUGGAACCCUAAAACCUUUGAAAUCACUUGAGCCAAAUAAAAGUGAUAUGCACGACCCAUUUCUCAUUGCUAACCGCACGCUUUUUAACUGGGCGUUACUCAAAGGUAUCCAGCCCGUGGUGUUCACUGACAAUGCUUUGGAUCACGCCCUUAUUGAACAGAUCAAUCAGGAUCUCGCAGUGAUGGCUAUAGGGCGACGUAUUGAUGUUAUAAAAAACUUUGAGAUUCAUGGAAAGUUUGGCUUGCCCACGUAUCGGGGUCUUUUCUUGCGUGUGCUUACAGCGUAUCCUAACGCCCAAAUUGUUAUGUACUCUAAUAUGGACAUUCUUUAUGCGCGUUCUGUACUGGAAACCAUGGAAGCGGUACGAUACUAUUUCUGUGCCAGAGAGGAAAGAAAAGGAACUUUCAAGGGUUGGUUUGCUGUAGGGCGCCGUACGAAUUUUGACAUAUCGUUGAAUUGGUCAUUAGGCACAAAUUGGGAGAAAGAUGUUGAGGUAUCGUUUGGGACGCCCGGAGUUUUAUUUCAGUCCCUUUCGGAGGACUACUUUGCAAUGAGCCGUAGCAUGUUUGACUGGAAAAAUAUACCUGAUUUUGUUGUGGGUGGAACAGGGUUUGACAAUUGGCUGACGACUCAGGCGGUUGCGCGUGCUCGCGCGGGGCGGGCACUGGCAGUUGAGGCGACUCUAACCCUCACGGCGAUCCACCAGAAUCAUGGAGAAGACUUAAAAGCAAGCCACAGGCAUCCCAAAUCACGCUAUAAUAAUGCCCUGGCUCAACGAGCAGGUGGUUGGGCGCUGGGCCAUACAACCGAUGCCCCUUUGCUGACGGUACGCCAUUUUGGUGGUGAAGUUUUGGUGCUUAACAAGAGUGCCGUCCUGCUCCUUUGA